AGCAGAAGCUGCACAACCAAGAGCCAACGGAGCAACGCCCAGGCACACACGAUACGAACUAGCCAACCAGCUGCCGAGGGAGGAAUCCUAGCGGAACACUGUCCAGGUGACGGCGGCGCGCUACCGGUGACGGGGGAUACGGCGGCAUCGUCCCCUCCUCCAUCCCCGGCGCGGCGGCGCCAGCAGCCGGCCUGCAGAUCAGCUCAACAAAGAUAACCUUGCGCCGCCUCCUAAGAAGAUCAAGACUACCCAGCCAGGUUCUACAGACCCUCAAAACCUUAAUCGUUAGAUCAUCGCCGUUCUCAUGAAGAAUUCCGGAGGAGGCGCCGCCCAUGGCGAUGGCGGCGACAUCUACAAUGUCCGGGCCGCCGAGAUCCUCGCCAACGAGGCCCUCCUGCUCCCCAUCAAUGAGGCCGCCCCAAUCUACGAGAAUCUGCUCGCCACUUUCCCCACGGCCGCCAAAUACUGGAAGCAGUAUGUCGAAGCCUACAUGGCCACCAACAACGAUGAAGCCGCCAAGCAGAUUUUCAGCAGAUGCCUGCUCAACUGCCUUCACAUUAGUCUAUGGCGCUGUUACAUCAACUUUAUCAGGAGAAUUAACGAUAAAAGGGGCUCUGAGGGUCUUGAUGAGACGAAGAAGGCUUUUGAUUUCAUGCUCAACUACGUUGGGAAUGAUGCAGCUUCUGGCCCUGUUUGGAUGGAGUAUAUUAAUUUCCUCAAGUCCAUGCCGGUUGUGACGCCCCAUGAAGAGUCGCAUCGCAUGACUACUGUUCGUAAAGUGUACCAGAAGGCAAUUUUAGUUCCAACUAAUCAUGUAGAGCAGUUGUGGAAGGAUUACGAGAACUUCGAAAAUUCUGUUAGCCGCACCUUGGCAAAAGGCUUGUUAUCUGAAUACCAACCAAAGUUUAACAGUGCUAAGGCUGUAUAUAGAGAGCGAAAAAAGUACAUUGAUGAUAUUGAUUGGAAUGUACUGGCCACCCCCCCUACAGGCUCGUACAAGGAAGAGCAACAGUGUAUGGCAUGGAAAAGACUCUUGGUAUUUGAAAAGGGGAACCCUCAAAGAAUUGAUGCUACAACAGCUAAUAGGCGUAUCACCUUUACUUAUGAGCAAUGCCUGAUGUAUCUAUAUCAUCAUCCUGAUAUAUGGUACGAUUAUGCUAUGUGGCAUGUGAAGAAUGGUUCUAUGGAUUCUGCAUCAAAAAUAUUUCAGCGAGCUCUAAAAGCAAUCCAUGAUUCUGAAGUACUUAAGUAUGCCUUUGCUGAAAUGGAAGAGUCCAGAGGGGCGAUACAGACUGCUAAGACAGUAUACGAAUCUCUUCUAGGUGAAAAUGCUAGUGAGACCUCACUUGCAAAUAUUCAGUUUAUUCGAUUUCUAAGGAGAACUGAAGGCACUGAAGCAGCCCGUAAGUACUUUUUGGAUGCUCGGAAGUCACCAAGCUGCACUUAUCAUUUGUAUGUUGCUUAUGCUACAAUGGCAUUCUGCGUUGACAAGGAUGCAAAGGUGGCACAAAGUGUUUUUGAAGCAGGUUUAAAGAGGUUUAUGCAUGAGCCAGGAUAUAUCCUUGAAUACACAGACUUCUUGUGUCGUUUAAAUGACGAUAGAAAUGUACGUGCUUUGUUUGAGAGGGCACUGAGCUUACUUCCUCCCGAGGAAUCCACAGAGGUAUGGAGACGAUUUGCACAAUUUGAACAGAACUAUGGGGAUUUAUCAAGCAUGCUUAAGGUUGAACAAAGAAGGAAAGAGGCUCUAUCUAGGACAUCUGAAGAUGCCUUAUCUGCAUCGGAAAACACACUUCAUGACAUAGUUUCUCGAUACAGUUACAUGGAUCUUUGGCCAUGCUCAUCAAAAGAAUUGGAUUAUCUAGCGAGACAAGAGUGGCUUGCGAAAAACAUUGUUAAGAAGGUUGAGAAACCAGCUAUGUUAAAUAGCGGUAGCAUGCUAGACAAAGGUGCUGCAGGAUUUAGUGCGAGUGCGAGGUUAUUACCACAAUCUGCCAAAGUUGUUCGUCCUGAGACUUCUCAAAUGGUUAUUUAUGAUCCAAGACAGAUGAAAGAGUGGGAAAUCACCGUGGAUUCUUGGGCAGGCCCAGAGUUUGCAGCAACUAGCAGUGGGUACACGAAGGAGGUUGAAGCCACGCUCAAAGUGCUAUCGCCGUCGAUGGUGUCCUUUAUUAAGAAUUUGCCUGCUAUUGAAGGACCAUCGCCGGAUAUCGAUGUGGUGCUCAGCGUGCUGCUGCAGAGCACAUUGCCAGUUGCACAGAGUGCUGGGAAAGCAGGUGGCGUGAGUGAGCUCUCAGGCGUUGGAAAAACGGGACUGAACCAGAAUGGAUCUGUCCAUAGACCUCCAAGGGAGAGAAGGAAGGACGUGGAGAGGCAAGGGGCGCAGGAGGAAGAGGAUGCGUCGGCGGUGCAGAGCAGGGCAGCUGUGCCACGAGACAUCUUCAGGCUUCGGCAGAUUCAGAGGAGCCGUGGCCUGGGUGUGGGUGGUGCCGCCGUUUCGCAGUCUGGGUCCUCGGCAUUUUCUUUCUCGGGCGGUGGAAGCGCCUUCUCUGGGGACCACUCAGCUAGCACAGAUUAGCCUACUCACCAGACAUGUUCAACAGCUCAGCUCAAAGCUCAACUGCGAGUAGUGAGCUCAAAGGCUACCUCCAGCAGAUUUAUAUCACAUUCCUUUUCUCAUCCCCUAUUUCAAACAUCACUUUGCAAACAAUAUCAUCUAUAGUUUCAUGUCCCCUAUUUUACACUA